AUGGACUCAAAAGACUUGGACGAAAAAUCAUCUAUUAAAGAUACAUCGGUAUCUAUCACAUCUUCAUUAAGUGAAGAAUUUGAAAAUAUUGAUUUAAAUAAUGUACCAGAAUCUCGCUACUUAUCAGCACCAUCAAUAAAUGAUACUCCUCAAGAGCUAUCGUCAAUUAGUAGAUACGAUAGUGAUGGUGAAAAAAUUGACGAUCGGUAUUACGAUGAUGAUGAUGAAGAUAGAGAAUUUAGAAGAAUACAGGAUCUAAAAGAUGCGGAAGAAAGAGAGAGAAGAAGAAAAUAUGACGAGGAGAGGCUGACUAUAGAGAGGCAGCAUGCUGAGUUUAAGAGAUUAAAAGCUAUGAGAAGGAGAAAGGAAGAUUUAAGACGUAGAGAAGAGGAAGACACUAGAAGGAGAGAAGAGGACGCAAGAAGACGUGCUGAGGAUGAAAGAAGGCACGCUGAAGAUGUUAAAUUUAAACAGGAGAGAGAACAGAAACUUAGAGAAAAAGCUCUUGCCUCAGCUUUGCCAUCUCAUGUUCCGCCAUUACCCGAACGUAAUGCUGCUAGUCAUGCAACUUCAUUUAGUGAUCCUAAUUUACUAACCUCGCUUGAAAAGAAUGCCAACAUUACUACUGCACAACCUAUUACUGUACCAGUACAUAGUACUUUUCAAGAACCAUUGAGUCCCUCAUUGCCAACUUCAAAUAAUUUUUCUGAAAGAAGUUUACCACCGAUACCUAAUACCGAAAAAAGUCUCAAUGGCAAGAUCCCUCCUCGUUCUAUUUUAAAGAAUUCUGAACAUAAUCAUUCAUCACCUGGGAAUUACAGUCACAGCUCCACCUUGACAAAGGAAAAUACUGCUAUAAACAGCGGUAAACAUGCUGCUCAUCCACCAAAAUUAGCUCAAUCACGCCAGCAUCCAGCACACUCUGAAAAGUCUCAACAACAUCAUUCGCAUUCAAUAUACAACUCAGUAUAUGCCUCACCACCAAGAUAUUGCAAACAUCAUCAUUGCUACCAUACAUAUGGUAGUGAUGACGAUUCUGACCUAGGAUUGGAAUAUAAUGAUAUCGAGAGAGAGAGUGAUUAUCCUCCACCAGGCAUUCAUAACUAUAGAAGUCAUAAUGAUUAUAUCACAAAUCCAACAACAGUUCCAGCUAAUUAUUCUCCUGUACGCCAAAAAGUUAGGUUUCAAAAUGUAAAUGUCAAUAAUAAUCAACCUUUGUACUUAAAACCAGGUGAUGUGAGAUUAGGUGGACCAUUAUGUACCGAAUGUGGUGGUUCUGGAAGACAACAAUUUUUCUUAGAUGAUAACAUAUGUCCUCGUUGUGGUGGGUUUGGAAGAAUUGUGCCUAGAGGUUCCAACGUUCAAUUAGACCCUCAUACUUAUUACGGCUACUAG